AAAUAUGGAGAGAGGGUUUGGUGUCUUAACCUUACUAACUUGAAGAAAUCCGGCUGGAUCAUCUCCAUCUUUAAUGAUCCUGCUCAUCCAUCUCUCCCUGCACUCAAAGAUGGAGAAUCAAAAAUAGUGCUCCUAGGCUAUUUAUUGUUUUCAGUUAUGAGACCGGAUGUCAACGAUUACCUCUGCCAUAGGGAGUAUUCCUUGUCCUUCAGUGUAAGAAUAAACAACUAUCUGAGUGAAACUGUUGGUCCACGGAGCCAAGAAGUCAUUUCAAAAGUGCUAGAAUUGCUUCGCGAGCUAAGGGGUGAAAGUCAAUAUUUCAACAUAGCUGCUGCAGAACUGGGGUUUAUAUUUGAUGUUGUUUACACCAAGGCUGCUUUGAUAUAUACCAAGAGAGGAUGCUUGUUGCGCCUCAUCAGCUUCAUUUUCACCUUCGCAGUUCUGCUGGUCUUCCCGAUUAUCAUCAUGGAUGAGUCAAAAUUCCAAUUCGAUAUUUUCGUAACAAUCAGUUUGUUGGUCGGGCGGUUACACCGGAAUUUUGUACUCUGUUGUCAAUGCUUUCUUCGGAUUGGGCAGAGGUUAUCACUUUCGAUGGGACAGUUCAAUUUGUUAGAUUUUUGCUGGGAUUCCAGAAAGGAUAAGGUUUGUUGGUUUUCUAGAAACAGCUGUAGGAGAGAUUUUCUUGAAAAUUGGAAUAGUUUCCGUUUUACCAAAUUUAUGGAAGUUCCAAGCUAUUUGACGCAAAUAGAGCUUUAUCAAAUUCGGCUAAAGUCCUUCUUUGCGGGCAUUUCCUUUGAAGCAACAAGGGGGCAGAAGACGCUUAGUGAAGAGGCAGAUAGACAGAGGAAUCCUGGUGAAAAUGCAAUAACUGACAUGCUUCCUGUCCUAAAAAGGAGCAUCAAUGUAGAUUUUGAUACCAGCAUCAUAACCUGGCACCUGGCCACAAGUAUUUGUUACCAUCAAGAUCAUGAUCCCAAUAAGCCUGGCAGUGAAGACAUGGAGAUCAGCAAAUAUUUGUCAAAUUAUAUGAUGUAUCUGCUAGUCAUGCAACCUGCUAUGAUACUGCCUGAGCACUGUGGGAGUUUCUGGUUCGACCAUGCUCUUAAAAAGGUCAGGGACACUUUCUCCAAGCACCUCGACAAGACUGCUGCUUUCAAUUCGCUCCUCCAAUUCAGAACUGAUGAGCCAGCGUUGGGGAAACCGUCGGUCGAGGAUCCGCUGGAGAUUGCAGGAUUGUUGGCCACGAAGUUGAACCAAAGCAGUAAUAAAUGGGAGCUAAUAAAGAAUAUGUGGAUUGAGAUGCUACUUUAUGCCGCACAUUCGUGCCAGCAUGUUAAUCAUGUUAAGCAGCUAGGACGAUACGGCCGUGAAUUCCUUACCCUAAUCUGGAUCAUGGGAGGCUACCAUGUUAUUGAAGAAGUAAUUUGUAAGCGCGAAACUGAAGGUACAUAACGCAUUGCAGAGCUAGUUUUACCAGCGGUGCUUGCAGAAGAAACACAAGACACUGCGAUGAAGCCAGACAACAUUUUAGAUUGCUUAGGGUCUUUAGGAAGUGUGGGAGGAUGCAUCGAUGCGAUAAAAGAGGUGAUUUCCAUUAACAAUUUUGCGGGUUUGGGAGAAGAAUGUUGCGAGGCUACGACUGCCCUUGGUCACAAUUGUUGGCCUAUACUUUUUCCAAACAAGCCUAUUGUCCCUUCUCUGGUUAAGACCAUAUGUGCUUUUGCGGGAGCAAAGGAGGCCAAAAAGUCAAAUUGAACUUUUGAUAGGGACCCAUGUAGUUUUUGAAUAUAAAUAAGUUGUCUUC